AUUCUGAAUGCUUUUAGUCCUUUAGAAUAUUCAACAUCUAAUAUUCCAUAGGAUUGGGACGAUUCCAAAAUGUCGAUCGAAGUAUCUGAGCGGGGGCGUUCACUCAGAAUUGGAAAUGUAUCGUGUUAUCUUAAAUGUACCUUAAAGCAUCUUCUUCAAACUGAAAAAUUAUAGAAAAAAAUCCGAUACUGAAAGUUCCUGUUUUCAAAAGUGAGGCAUGCAUUAUUUCUGAGCGCAAAUGAACUGUUGAAGCCUUUGAUACUCGUGACCGCAUUUUCAAGUGGCCUUCAUUCAUCGUUUAGCUACAACUCUGUGGACGGACCCCUAGAAAUGUCAAGCAUCAGUUUUCAUUUCACCAACUGUGUAAACUUUACAAACAUCUUCAUCUAAUAAAUACCCCCUUUUUUCAUCGCGUGACUUUAUCGCUCAGAAAACCAAGAGAUUUGCUGUGGUCACGCAGCACCCGUGCAACGUCACGUAACUCUGAUACAAAUCGCCGUGUUACAGAAUAGACCAUUGUAAUUUUAGGCCCGGUUCAAACGUCGAACUUUACAUGUGCCGAACCUAAUUAUUAGGUUCGGCACAUGUGAAGUUCGACGUAUGAAUCAAUUAGGAACGGCACUUUUGUAUUUGGGUCGACUCUGCCGUUCUAUUCGACUGAGCUAGUCGAAUAGAACGGCAAAAGAUCGGCUUCGAUUCAUACGUCGAACUUCACAUGUGCCGAACCUAAUGCAUACAUUAUGCAUACAUUAAAUUAGUAAUUUUUUUCCCACAAUCCCACUAGUUUUUACGUAGUUGUCAUGCGCAAAAGACAACAUUCGAAUAAAAUGGCGGGGAAAGAAGAGCAAUGUUGUUCGUCUUGCCUAAAAACUACAAAGUAUACUUGUUUGAAGUGCAAGGAAUAUUUCUGCAUGCCCUGCUCCAUCUUUGAGGACGAUGAAACUGUCAUUGGUUGGAAAGCGGGGAGUUCAGUGGCAUAUUGCGAGCCAUGCUUCAAAGAAGUCAUGGAAGAGAGCGAAUUAAAGACCGUGAAUGUUGUAGAUGACGAUUCUGAUGAAUCCCGCGAAGAUACAGUUCCUGAGAAGCAAGAAGAACGACCUUCCACUAAAAAAAAAUCGGUGAAUGGAGAUAAAAGGAAAAGGAAACAAAUGGCUGAAUCCGACGAUGAUGAUGAGGUAGAAGAGGAUGAAAGUGAUGGAGACUCGAAAACAUCCCGCAAACUUUUCUUCAAAAAAGCAAAAGGAAACAAGAAAAAGAAACCUGGUCGCAAAGCCAAGUGGUGUCCACGGGUACUUGAUGAUCUUAUAGAUAUCAUCGUGAGUAGCAACUCAUAUAAAAAGAAACUUAUUUUUACAAACACAAAAAAUCAAAGAAAUGGAGAGCUGUAUGGAGAGAUUUUGAAAGAAGUUAAAGCUAGAGCCUCUGCAAGGGGUGAAAACUUCAAUUUCUCUGUUAAUCAGUUGCGUAGCAAGUUCAAAAAAUGUGUCUGCGUGUGUAAGCAAGCAGCCCUGACACAAAAAACAGCAACUGGGAUCAAAAGAUUUCAGGAGGAUCAAGGAUUUGGCAAGUGGUUCACUGCUUUGUUUGAAGUAGUGAAGACAAGAGAAUCUUGUCAGCCUGAUUUAGCACUGGAACCCUCAGCCUCACCUUCACCUAGUGAUCUUUCGGGAGAAUGUGUGGAUGAUAGUGCCAAAGAAAAAGAACUAUUUGUUCCUGUGAAAGCAAAAAGAAGGCAGUCAUCUAAAGAGAGAUUGGAUACAGCAACAAUAGAGGCACUGACCCUUGUAAAGGAGGCUGUUCAAAAUGACCCCACAAAAGAACUGAUAUCAUUUAUGAAAGAAGAAAUGGAAAAGUCUAGACAGCAUGAGCUCAAAUUGUUUCAGCUUUUGCUCAACCAAAGAAGUGAGGCCAGCUUUCACAGCAUUCCCUAUUCCAGCAAUGAACACAGAUAUAACGCAAAUUUUAGCCCUUACCCAAGCUGGCAUAGUGGUGCACAGGCUAUCCCAAGUCACCCAGGAUCGAGCAUGCCUGAAUGGUCCCCUGGGGCACCUUAUCAGGAUGCAAUGGGAUUAGACCAAAGUUUUGUUGCUACACCUAAAUACACGCGGUUGUGAUGAUCACGCAUAACCCCCUUUUUGUGCUUAAUGAUAUUACUCCUCUGUUCCUGUUAGUAUUUUUUUCUUGUAAAAAAAAAGAAGCAAGUCGAUGGUUAAUGUUUUGCACAAAGCUUGUGAAUUUUGUUAGGUAAUAAAUUCAAAAGUUCAUGUUCAAAGUAAACAGUUUUAAUAUUGUAAAAGCAAUUUUUUACAACACAUUAUUGUACAGCUGUAGGGAAGUGUUUGCUUUUUUACAGCACAUGUUCAAUCAGUGAUGUUAUAAACAUCUGAUGAUUAAUAUAGUUUGGUCAAUAUGAUUUGGAAAACGCAAUGAAAAUAUAUAGUUUAUAAGUCAAUGUCAUUUAGUGAAUUGUGUAAAACUAUUGGAAGAAAAUGGAUUAUUUAAGUAAAUAAUGAAUUAUUUAAUUUAAAGGAUUUAUUUAAUUUUUAUUUUCCUUCAUUGAAAACAAAUAUUCCAUUUUAGAUAUUAUGUACAUGUAUAUUGAAAUCGGUUUGUAUUAUUUACUUACCAUGACAAAUUAUGUGACAUGGAUCGAAUAAAUAACAGAGCACGUUAUCAUCAUUUUUAUG